AAUUGAGAAUCAAUAAAGAAUAAAUUGAAGUUUUGAAAUAACCUCAAUUUGAUUUUCAAUAUCAAUCAGACUGUUAUAGUAGCCAGAAACAACAGCCGCACAAUCGGUCAUGUUAAUGAACGUAUUCACAUGGAUGGCAUGUAUGACAACAUUGGCAACGUCUCGAGAUACCUUAAAGGGUCUCAAACCAUCACCGACAAUCACGAAUUCUCUUGUUAAUCUCGGCAAAAUGGAUAUUUCUUUUCAUUUCAAUACGAAAGAAUCACCAUUGCAGCUGGAUUCUCUGCAACGGCCAUUUAACACAUUUUUAUUUUCGAAACCACCAUUGGCUCCUAUAAGUGAAGAGCCAUGCCCUUGUUCUGGUAUAAGAAGUAUCAAAGAUUCAAUAUUAGGGCACCCGUCAGAAAUUAUUAACAAAAUUCUGAUGAACAACAAUCUGUUUUCAUUUAACAAAGAGCCGGAUUCUUCAAGUUUGUGUUGUGAUUCUCAUGAACAUGUUCAAGAAGAUGUUGUUACAUUUGAAUUUGGACCCAAACAAAUGGAUAUAAAAUCUCUGGGAGUCAAAUCGUUACCAUUGUCUCCGUUUUUAUUCGAGGAUGUUGUGCCUAGAAAUCCAUCUUUGCCAACUUUACCUUUAAAACAAAAAGCAAUGGAAAUAUAUUUGUUUCCAAAAAAGAAAGACGUACCUUUUGAUUUUGAGAAAAUUAAAGCAAAAUCUGAUCCAGCAAAAACAGAUAAGAAAUUAGAGACUAUACAAAUAGUUGGAGAUAAAGAUUUAAAAGAUAAUUUUAAGAACUGGAAACUUCGUUCUACAGUUGCCUUUCCUACUAUAAGAAAUAAUGUUACAGCCGAAGUUAAAGAUAUUGCAAAAGUAGGCGACAAAGGGGAGUUAUCGAAACUUCAAAUUAAUACAACUGCCAAUAAAUUAAAUUCGGUCUUGUAAGUUA